AUGGACGGGCUUAAACAAUUAGACGAAGAAGCUUUGCAAGACCUCUACGCGUGGAUAGACAAGAUGCCGUUCUCCAGACCCACACGGAAUAUUACAAGAGAUUUUGGCGAUGGAGUUAUUUAUGCAGAGGUAGUAGUGAAGCAUUUCUUCCCUAAACUGGUGGAGCUGCACAACUACACGCCCGCGCAUUCCAGGCAACAGAAGCUGAGUAACUGGAGCACCCUGAGCAGCAGAAAAGUUUUCUCUAAGCUGAAGUUCCAUAUACCUGAGAAGAUGGUGAAGAAAAUUGUAGUCAGCACAGCAGUGCAUCCAGUCCUUUGCUCUCUGAGAGAGAAGAUAGAGGAAAAACGAGCAGGAAAACAAUUAGAUGGCACACAGGUGGGUCUGUGACUUUACAGCACUACAAAUGGACAACCAAGAUCAGGAAAUCAUCUGAUGGUUAUUGAGGCCACUCGUACCAAUCCAGCCACUGUGAAGAAGACAGGCAAUGUCAGUCCUGCUGCAGCCUUGGAACCAAAUGUGGAUCCAGCUGUCCGUUUGCUCUUGGAGGAAAAGGAGCAAGCCAUUUUGGCUUUACAGGAGACUGUUGAGAUUUUACAGAUUAAGGUAGACCGAUUGGAGCAUCUUGUGCAUCUUAAGGAUCUACGCAUCGAGGACUUGACAAAGCACUUAGAGCGAUAUGAGGCAUGCAACUCAUGA